GAACCAUGCGUGCUACUCCAUUGACCAUUCUCGAUAAACAUACACUUUUGGUUUUGGUUUCUUAAAUUUCUGAUCACUUAGGAAUAAUGGCAGCGAAUUCAAGCGAAACAGAGCUCCCAGUAAAGGCCUUUGGAUGGGCAGCAAGGGACAUCUCCGGUGUUCUUUCUCCUUUCAACUUUUCCAGAAGGGAAACGAGGGAGAAGGAUGUGCAGUUCAAGGUCAUGUACUGUGGAAUAUGCCAUUCAGAUCUUCACCAAGUUAAGAAUGAAUGGGGUUUCACAACAUAUCCCAUUGUUCCCGGGCAUGAGAUCGUUGGCGUGGUGACAGAGGUGGGGAGCAAAGUCCAUAAAUUUAAGGUUGGUGACAAAGUGGGUGUAGGGUGUCUAGUCGAAUCCUGUCGUAAAUGCGAAAGUUGUGCAAGUGAUCUCGAGAACUACUGCCCGGGAGGUGUUCAAACUUACAAUGCUAUCGGAACAACCACAUAUGGUGGUUACUCGGACAUCAUGGUUGCCGAUGAGCACUUUGUUCUCCGAUGGCCCGAAAAUUUGCCAAUGGAGGCGGCUCCUUUGCUAUGUGCCGGGAUAACAACGUAUAGCCCUUUAAAAUAUUUCGGACUUGACAAGCCAGGAAUGCACAUUGGCGUUGUUGGUCUAGGUGGCCUUGGUCAUAUGGCUAUCAAGUAUGCUAAGGCUUUUGGAUGCAAGGUGACUGUGAUCAGCACCUCUGCUAGUAAGAAGAAAGAGGCUGUGGAACGCUUUGAGGCUGACUCAUUCUUGAUCAGCAGCAACUCAGAAGACAUGCAGGCGGCAGCAAGCACUAUAGAUGGGAUAAUAGACACAGUCUCUGCCACUCACCCUCUUUUGCCUCUACUAAGUUUAUUGAAAGUCAAUGGAAAGCUCGUGGUGGUCGGAGCACCAGAGAAACCAUUUGAACUGCCUGCCUUUCCCUUGAUCUUGGGUAGGAAACUAGUUGUGGGAAGUUGCAUUGGUGGAAUAAAAGAGACGCAAGAAAUGCUAGAAUUUUCUGCCGAGAACAACAUAUCACCGGAUGUGGAGGUUGUCGCCAUGGAUUAUAUCAACACUGCACUCGAACGCCUCGCAAAUGCUCAAGUGAAAUAUAGAUUUGUUUUAGACAUUAGCAACACUCUAAAAUCUGCUUGAAUAUCUUCAUAUUCGUGUUAAGAGCAAAUCUAAACCGGUUGCUUCGUUUUAUUUACACUAUUGUUAUGAUCAAGUUUUAAAUUUCUAUUCGUGUGGUCGUGUGUUUGUUUUUAUAAUAUUCGUAGUAAUAUAAUUAAAGAAUAAUUACAUGAAUCUUGUGAGUUUCCGUCCAUUGUAUAUUUUGUCUUGUUGACAAAAUUAUCUUUAUGUACAAUAUUACUAAGUUAAUUUGAUUGUUACUAUUUCCCUGACUCAAA